GAAUCAGGGAGGCGGGGAAGGGGCUGGGGAGGGGCUAUAAGAGACGCUAGAGGGUGUUGCCCCCACCACAGCUGCUGGGAGCCGGCAGAAGGAGUGUCUCGCUGCGUUGUUCGGUCUCGGCUACGGAUCGCGGAAUGUUCCGGCUGCUCGUCGCCUGCCUGGUCGGCGCCCUGCUGGUCCCGUCGCAGGGCUCCCCCGCCGGGGUCCCGCCGGACGGUGUGGAUGACGAGGAGAUGCUGCAGCUGCGAUCCCAGUUUGAGGAAUUCAAGGCGACCUACAACAAGGAGUACGAGGGAGAAGAAGCAGAAGAGGACCACCGCUUCCAGAUCUUUGUGGAGAACCUGAAGGAGGCUAGGAGACUCCAGGAGGAGGACAGAGGAACGGCAGAGUUUGGAGUCACCAAAUUCAGCGACAUGUCAGACGAAGAAUUCAAUCAAUUUUACCUCAACCCCUUAAUGAUGAACGACUCGUCCUGGAUGCAGAAGAUUGCUGAGCUGCCGAUGGCCGAGCCCAUGGCCAACUGUUCUGUUCCCCGACAGUGGGACUGGCGCAAAAAGGGAGCGGUGACUCGAGUUAAAAAUCAGGGAAAGUGCGCUGCCUGCUGGGCCUUUGCAUCUGUCGCCAAUAUCGAGUCCGUGUGGUACCUGAAGACCAAAAGACUGGUGUCCGUUUCAGAGCAAGAGCUCCUUGACUGUGACACGUACGACAAGGCUUGCAGGGGGGGUUACCCAUUCGGCGCGUUCACCUGUGCCGUGAAGUUGGGUUUGAUGACUGAAAGAAGAUACCCUUACAUGGCCAGAAGGGGGAGGUGCAAGGCACAACGCAGUAGAUCUGUGGUCAAGAUCAAGAGCUAUCGGUGCAUCUACCCCCACGAGCGUGAAAUGAAGACGUGGGUGGCUACACGAGGACCAAUUGUCGUCUCGUUGAACGGGGUGUUGCUGAAAAGCUACAGGGGGGGAAUCCUCCGUCCCAACAGCUACAACUGUCCCUGCAACAGACUGAAUAAAGUAGUGACGAUUGUGGGAUACGGAAUCCAAAGGGAUAUUCCGUUCUGGAUUGCAAGGAACAGCUGGGGAACGAACUGGGGAGAGUUGGGAUAUUUCCGCAUCUUCAACGGAGAGAAGGCUUGCGGAUUGAACAAGCUCCCCCUCACCGCUAUCGCCUAGUCGGGGGGUGUCUGAGGCGGAUCGCAGGCAAGCCUGGGCGAUUCGAGGUGACCAGGCGUCAGGAGGAAGACCUCCGCUUCUCGCAGCUUAGCACGGCGUUUCUGUACAAGUGGGACCCCCUCCCCUCCCCUCCCCUGCCCGUUCACCCCCUCACCUCUCCUCUCCCCAGUUCCAUUCCAGUGGUGGCCCCCAGUCACUCACAGAGACCACAGCUCCCCCCACCCCCCCCUGACUAACGCAUCCACAGCCCACACCGCUCCCAUCAGCGGUCCCAUCCCAGUGGGGACCACCCGGUGCUGUCAGGAGACCACCCCAGCUAAUCAGAGCCCCGGGAUGGACUUCACCAAUCAGAGACCCCAGGGCUGUGUGAGGGGGACUGGACGGCAGCAACUGCUUCAAUGGAAUGGAUUCCCCUUGGGAGAGGAGUGUCCCAUUGGAAUUCCGGCUGGGAGGAAGGGAUGGGUUCAAGGCAACACUUCCCAUUGGCUCCCAGCUGGAAUGGUUUCCACCGGGACUGGGUGGACUCCCUGCAACAUCCGUUGUUGGCCAGCGGAUGACCCACUGGAACGGUUUUCCCUGGGGAAGAGAUGGGUCCAUUUUCCUGGUGUCUUUCCCACGUGAUUUGACCGCGGUUGAACCAGUUCUGCGUCUCGGGCUUCCGCAUUGACACAAUAAAGCAGCUCAAGCAUC